AUGACCAACCAACCGCCGUCUUACCCCAGCUCAGAAGAUGACUUGCACGUCGGAGAACCGUCGUAUCGAGGCAUAUACGACCGCUCAUCCCAACAGUCUUAUAGCCAUGUUUACUCCUCUGACCUUGAAGCCGGCACGGCUCCUCUCCCCACAAGAAAGUGGACGAAACCGCUGCAGGAUGCCUUCGCGGCCCUCUUUCAGGCCCUAGCCAAGAAGGAGUGGAACAUGACAGCUACGUUCAAUGAGAUGGCAGAGGCGUCGGUCGCUCUCUGA